CCAAGCUCUCUGCACCGUACAGAGUCUCUCCUCUUUCUUUUGACUCUGGUCCUUUCCGACAGAUUUUCGAUUUCUUGAUUUAGGGAGCAGAGAAAAAUGAUAAAGAGGCGGUUUUACAAGCUUGAGCAUGGUGAUAAGGACAGUGGAUCCGACUCCUCUUGCUUCUCUUCUGAUUCCGAUCCUGAAUCUGAAGAAGAAGAGUCAGAGCAAUCCCAAUCCGAAGAUGCCGUUGCAGAAGGUUCUGAAGACGAUGAUGAUUCCGUCUCAGAGGGUGGAGAAGAAGAAGAUGACUCCCCAGCUGCUGAUGUUGAAGACGAUGAUGAAGACUCUGAUGGUGAUGCCUAUCGAGGGAGAUAUGAGAAGACGUCGAUGCAAUACGGUUUGGAAGAACCACCGGAAGAAGAGGAAGAUAACUAUAUUCUGGGUUGUAUGAUUAAGUGCAAAUCGGUUUACAAGUGCAGAUAUUGCCCAAACACCAUUUGUUUGAACGAGAGGACUAUGCAAGAGCAUGUUUCAUCCAAGAAUCAUGCUCGUUCUGAGAAAUUAAUGAAAGAAGCGAAGCUUGGAACUGAUGAUGAAGAUGUUGAUGAUCCAGAGACGCCAUCUCAGGAGAAGCAGAUAAAAGGGAACAGAAGAUCACAAAGAAAGGGUAAGAGAUCUCAAAAACAAGGAAAGCUCAGAACCGAAGUGGAUAACCCAGAGACGCCAUCUCAGGAGAAGCAGGUAAAGGGAAACAGAAAAUCACGAAGACAGGGUAUGAUAUCACAAAAACAGGAACAGGGUUCGUCUAUCACGGAUGGAGAAAAAGCACAUGCGACGGCUAAAACUAGAAAGAAAAUGCGCCAAACUAAGGAUUGAGACUAGUGUGGAGCUCCAGCAAUAUGAAAGGUUCAUUCAUAUUCAUCUUUUCUUGAAGGAAACAUAGUUGGAGAGUGGGUUGGCUAUGAGUCAGAUCUUUUUACUUGCAAGUUUUGUCUACAAAAUAUGUUGCCUGUAACUGAUAUAUGGUUUUGAUUAAUUGAGUUUUGAUUAUAUACAGUUCUUGUGUUUCUGUUUUAUGCAAUUUGGAUCUUGUCUAGA